GAUUCCCAGCCAUCCAUAGCAAAACAACACGUGACGCGAAUUAUGUUAUUCCAUGUUAAUUGAUCUGCAAUAUUCAUAUUAAUUGUGGCAUCAAUUCUAUGAAGACAGACGACUUAAUGAAGAGCAUUUUCUCCCACUUUCUCCCUUACCUUUGCAUUCUAUGAUUCAGAACCAAUUCCAAGAUUUUCAUCUUCUUCUUCAUCAUCAUAUCUUCAAAGGGUUCAUGUGUGUUUUUGUUUUUUCUUGAUCAAGAGCACUUUCUUGAAGCUGGUCAUAUUGAUUUCUGGGUGAUCAGUGGUGAAGAGCUUGUAAUUAGUUUCAACAAUGGCGCUUUUGCAGCUCUUCAUCACUGCCUCGAUUCCGGUAUUGAAAGUGCUCUUGAUCACUGCACUUGGCUCUUAUCUUGCACUUGAGCGCGUUAAUAUUCUUGGGGAACAAACCAGGAAGAACUUGAACACUAUUGUAUUCUAUGUAUUCAGUCCUGCCCUGGUGGGAGUUAACCUUGCGCAGACUAUUACAUAUGACAAUAUGAUUAAGUUGUGGUUUAUGCCUGUGAACAUCAUGAUCACAUUUAUUGUUGGUUCUGUUCUUGGAUGGAUACUCAUCCAAUUAGCAAGGCCCCCUCCACAUCUCAGAGGCCUCAUUUUGGGUUGCUGUGCUGCUGGAAAUUUGGGGAAUUUGCUCCUCAUUAUAAUCCCAGCAGUCUGUAAAGAGAAAGGUAGCCCAUUUGGGGCUCCUGAUGUCUGUCACACCUAUGGAAUGGCUUAUGCAUCACUUUCGAUGGCAACUGGAGCCAUUUAUAUUUGGUCAUAUGUAUAUAACAUUGUGAGGAUAUCAUCAAAGAGAAUCACCCAAGAUUCGUCACAGUCUUUGGAGGAAGCCUCAGAAUCAGACCAAGUAAGUUACACAGAACCUCUGCUUUCUUCCAAGGAAUGUGGGAUAGUCGAGGACAAUGCCGAUCAGUAUGCACUGCCCUGCACCAUAUCUCAACAAGAUUCUAAGAUAGAACCUCCGAGUAAAUCCAAGAACUUUAUAGUGAGGAUUUGUGAAAAGCUCAAUCUGAAAACAAUAUUUGCCCCUUCAACUAUCGGGGCGAUUGUUGGGUUUGUAAUCGGAGUCAUCCCUCAGAUUCGUAAACUAACAAUAGGAGACAGUGCUCCUCUGCGGGUGAUCCAAGACACUGCUAACUUGUUGGGAGAUGGAGCUAUCCCUGCUCUGACUUUGAUAAUUGGAGGAAACCUUCUUAAAGGUUUGAGAGGAUCAGGAAUACAUAAAUCUAUUGUUGUUGGGAUCAUAAUAGUUCGUUACGUGUUCCUGCCUCUUACAGGCAUAUUGAUCAUUAAAGGGGCGCUAAAAUUUGGUUUAGUGGACUCAGAUCCAUUGUAUCUAUUUGUUCUCCUGGUUCAGUACACACUCCCACCUGCAAUGAACAUAGGGACCAUCACUCAAUUAUUCGGAGCAGGGGAAAGCGAAUGUUCAGUGAUAAUGCUGUGGACAUAUGCAUUUGCUUCAGUAUCACUCACUUUAUGGUCUGCCUUCUUCAUGUGGUUUGUGGCCAGGAUAGUUUGAAACAGCUGAUAUCGCAUCUCAUUCAAUCACAAUCAUAAUCAUUCAUCUCAGUUCUGAUAGAAUUGUAGGGUAUAUCCAUUACAUAAAGACAUAUUUUCCGAAUUGUAAGCAACAAGACCAAAUUGUAAGUCUUGUAAUUAGGUUCAGAACUAAAUGCAAAGUAGCAAUUUGAU